CUUCCGACAAGGAUGCGCGAAAUCCUCGAAGGGAUUUCCCUUUAUUUGAUAUCCUUGUUGAUUGCCUUGAAAGAAGGAAACACAGUAUAAAUAGACUAGAAACACAGCGCCAGUCAUGUCAGAGACAUACGAUUUCCUGUUUAAGUUCCUUGUGAUAGGAAAUGCAGGAACUGGAAAAUCUUGUCUGCUUCAUCAUUUUAUAGAAAAAAGAUUCAAAGAUGACUCGAAUCACACUAUUGGGGUUGAAUUUGGCUCGAAGGUAAUCAGUGUGGUCAGUAAGUUUGUCAAGCUCCAGAUCUGGGAUACAGCAGGACAGGAGCGUUUCAGAUUUAUUCUCAGGCAGUCAGAUGGUGGAGCAUUUGGUGAGGGAGUGAUUCACAAGAUGACAAGUCCAGAUUGCAUGUAGGAGUUUAUAGUACCUUGCACAGAUUCAUUUGUCAGUGCUAUCAACAUGCACUUGACUUCCACUGAACAUUUACCAGCAGCUUCCUUAGAGCCAAAAUA